AUGGUAUAAAUGAUGAAAUAAUAAUACUUUAGUAAUAGAAAGAGUUGAUUUAAGAGCAAUUAAAAAAUUUAAAUCUCAAAGAUAACCAGUUUUCAUUUUUCAAUAAGUUAUAGGAGUAACUGUUUGAUUUGCUAAUUGCAACUCUUGAUUAAAAGAGCUUUUUGAAAAAAGCUGAAAGAAUUUUAAGACUUAUUGAAGAUUCUAAAAAUUAAAUCUUAAGGCUAGAAAUUAUGUCAAUUAAAAAGUGUAAAUUUAUAGAAUGUUUCCAGAGUUUUUUGAAUCAUCUAUAUUUUGAAUAUGAUCACAUGGUUGAAAAAAUUCAAAAAGAUGUUUAUGAAUCUAUUUUAAGUUUUAAGGCAAUUUUAAUUUCACAGUAUGAAUUAGAGUCUGUUUACGAAUUUGGGGAAAUUUAAUAACAAAUUUCGAAUAUGCUAUCAUUUUAAUUUGUAUACAAAUUAUGAUUGAAUAAUUUAAAACUUCAAUUACAGCUAAAUGCUUUGAAGGAGUCCUUUUAAAAUAUAGUUCUAGCCUAAUUGGAAGAAUUUUAAUAGUUGUAAAAAGUUAUCGAUUUGGAUGAGUUUCUUGUUAAUGUAAUUAACAAUUAUCCAAAAAAAAAAAUAUUUUGUUGUCGUGACAAUUUUUACAAAGAAAUUAUUGCUGAAUUAACAAGCAUGUAAAUUACUGAACAAGACUAUUAAAAUAAGUUAUCAAAAUAAAAAGGAAUAUUUGAAUACUUAAUAUUGGUAUUAAGUUUAGAAGAAUAACUGAUUGAUUUAGAAAAAAUAGAUUUAGAAUUAAUUGAUAAGGAAUUUGGAGAAUUUUUUAAGGAAGAAUCUUGUUCUUCCUCUUUAACAGAUAGAAUUAUGACAAUAAUAGAAAAUGCUUCAAUUGAAAAUUCAAUAAAAACUGUGACUAAUAACCAAUUUAAUAAAUCAGAAUUGAAUUUUGAGAUAGAAAAAUAUUAGCAUAUGUGGAAAUAAUUAAGAAUUGUUGAGAAAAAUUACAAUUGUAAUAAUAUAGAAAAUGUAAAAUAAUUAAUCAAUCAUAUUGAGAUGGUUGUUGAGCUAUUAAAAAAUUCUUAAGAUUAAAAUUUAGAAAUAUUAAAAAUACCAAUUAGGGAAUUGUUGGAGGAGUUAAAAAAUAAAAAAAUAGAAUUUCAAAAAAUAAUAUAGAAGAAUGACCAUCAAUAUAAAUAAAAUAAAAAUGAUGAAAUUUUUGUUACUGAUAACAAUCUUAAUGAAGAAAAUAAAUUUGAGGACAAUCAAGAACAUAUAAAAGAUUUAUAAACCAUCAUCACUAUUCUGAAAUUAUCAUCAUCAAAAAUAAAAAAAGAAAAGCAGUUAUUUUGCUAAAUACUUGAAGAAACUAAAGAAUUCUCAAAUUAACUUCGUCUCAUUCAGAAAUAUAAUGAAAAUAUAUAAACAAAAACAUAUAGGAAAUUUAAUCGUCAUUUCUAAAAUCAAAUUCAAAUUUUUAAAUAAUUGCAAUGGACAACAGCUAAUUUAUAAAAAAAUGAAAAAGAGUCAUUUAAAGAUUACUUUAAUAGAAUAGAAAUUGAUUUUUAAUUAUUAAAAAAUGAAAAAGAUGAUAGUUAUACAUAAUAAAAAACAAAUGUUUGCGAUUUCUCAAUUAUUUUAAGGGAGAAAUAGAAUAAAAAUUAGUCUAGUCUAAAUGUGUGAUCUCAAAAAUUUAGUUUGAUUAAGAAUAUCUGAUCAAAUAAAUUAAAAAAAUAUACCUCUCUAAAGAUGAGGAAGAAGAGAAAGAAGAUAAAGAUGAUGUAGAAUCAAAUCAACAAGGAUUAUUUUAGUCUUUGAAUCAAAAGUAUAAAGAUUAUAAAAACAAUGACGAAUGGAAAAUUAAAUAGGGUCUAGUUUUAACUAUAAUUUAGAUUUCAUCAAAUUGCUUCACAGAUAGAAUUAUCUAAUUUUGUUAAUAAAUUCUAAUUGAAUUAUGGGUUUCAGAAAAAGAUUAAAGAGUUAGAAAUUUAUUAAAAAAUGAAACCUUAAUAAGUUUGUCAAUGUAAAUUUUGUAGAAAGAUUGGUAGACUCAAAACUAUAGAAUUGCAGGAGAAAUGUAAGUAAUGCUGAGUCGAAUCGAUUCGUUGUAAGAAUAGAUUGCCCAAGAAGCAAAUGCGAACAAACGAGAGAUAUAAUUGAAAGAAAUGGAUAAAACAACUGAGCAAUUAGAUGAAUAUAUUCAAAAUAUCAGUGAAAUGGGAUAAUAGCUUAAAUUGGUAACAGACUUCGUUAAUCAUAUCAGAAAAGGUUUGACAAGAGUUGAGGGAAAAAUUAAUGAGAUGAAGAAACAAUUAAACAGCUUGAGUAAUGACAUAAAAUUUCUUAAAGGAAAAUCAGUUGAAGAGCUUUUUGAUAUAAGAAAAUGGAAAGUAUUGAAAGAAGCAGCAAAUAAAAAUGUUAGGUCUAUAUAUGUGCCAUUAAAAACUUUGGAAAUAUUUCAUUAAUUAAAGAAACAGGAAAAGAAAUUCAAUUCAGAAGGAGAUAAAGAAGGACAUUAGGAAGAAGAAGAUGGACAUGAAAAAGGAGAUGAGGAAGGACAUGAGAAAGGAUAAAUAGAAAGGGAUGAAAAAGGAGAGAAAGGGGAAAAGACAAGUAUUUUGAUGAAUUUUGAAAAUUUAUAUGAUAAAAAUGGAGAAGUGAAUGAGUUUUUAUUAGAUGAUAAAUAAACAGUAUUAUUAAUCCAUGGGGUAGCUGGAUCAGGCAAAAGUACUGCAGCUAAGAAAAUAGAAGAAUUUAUUUGGAAAUUACAUGAUAAUAAUUAAAAAAUUGGCAAUAAACUGCUAAUACCAAUUUAUAUUUCAUUACCUUCUUUAAAAAAUCCUGUAUUUUAAGCAGAAGAGGAAGCACUUCAUCAAUAUUAGUAUGGUUUUGAUGAGCUCUAAUUGAAAGAAUGUAAAGAGAUGUUAGAAAAGAAACAUUUCCGAUUUCUAUUGAUAAUGGACAGUUAUGAUGAGAUGAAGUUAGAGAAUAUUUAGAAAAACUUAUAUAUUAAUAAUAAACUUAAAUAAAAUUGGUCAAAUCCACUUGUUAUUUUUACCACAAGAAGUGAAAUUUUUACAAGAAGUAAUUAUUCUCUCUGGUUUGAACCUGAAGAUAAGGAAAAAUUAAAAGAAGUCUAACUUCUGAAAUUUUAUUCUAAAUAAAUGCAAUAAUAUCUAGAAAAAUUUACAAUUUAAAGUGUUAAAAUGUAGAUUUUAGAUAUUUAUGAAUGGAAAACACAAAUUUCAAAAAGAGGAAUGAUUGAUAUUAAAAAGUUUGAAAUUUUUUGGGAAAAAUUGUAAUAAUUUCUAAACAAAGAAAUAUCAGGGAUGAAAGGGGAGAAUCUAUUGAAUUAAAAAUAAAUAGAUCAUAUUUAAUCGUUUUUGGAGGAUGACGAGUAUAUAUCUUUAAAAAAUCAUGAUGCUUUAAGAAGUCUGAGGAUAAAUCUCCAAAAACUAUGGAGUGUAGAAAAGUACAACAAAAUGAUAAGGUAAAUCAAUUUAUAUAAAUUGGUCAUAACUCCUUAUAUGAUGGAAAUAGUAGUUUAAGUGUUGCCUGAAAUGCUUGUUAAAGCAAUUGAGAUAAAUAAUUUGAAAUAAAAUUUUAUGAAGAAUUUUCCAAAUAUGCUUAGAGAGUUCUACAAAAAUAAAUAGUUGAUAUAAAUGUAUCAAUAACAAUAGAAAAACCUAUUGGUAUCAAACAAUAGAGAUGAAAAUUCUUAGAAAGAUGUUUAUGAUAAAAAAUUUGAGUCUACAAUGUAAAAUUUAGAAAAACUAAACUAUCAAGAAAUUGCUUU